CCUGCCGAGGAAUGGCUGGAUGGCUGCAGCUCGGCGCCAGUGCCCGCGUGGGCACAGGGCUGUGGCAGGUUCUGCUGGCCGGCACCAUCCUCACCAGCCACAUCCAUCCCAACGAUGCACAACAAAGUGCCACCGUGCCCAUUCCUGUGCCUGGCUCUGGUUCUGACCUGCUCCCCCACUUCCUGCUAGAACCUGACGAUGUUUAUAUUGUCAAAAACAAACCUGUGACUUUGACCUGCAAGGCCGUGCCGGCCACCCAAAUUUACUUCAAAUGCAACGGUGAAUGGGUGCACCAGGGUGACCACAUCAUACAGCGCAGCAAGGAUAAGAGCACCGGCCUACCCCUCAUGGAGGUACGGAUAGAUAUCUCAAGGCAGCAAGUGGAGAAGAUCUUUGGCUUGGAAGAGUACUGGUGCCAGUGUGUGGCCUGGAGUUCCUCCGGCACCACCAAAAGCCAGAAGGCCUUUGUGCGCAUUGCGUACUUGAGGAAGAAUUUUGAGCAGGAGCCAGUGGCCAAAGACGUCUCCCUUGAGCAGGGAAUUGUGCUGCCUUGCCGCCCUCCAGAGGGGAUUCCACCUGCUGAAGUGGAGUGGCUGCGCAAUGAAGAACUUGUGGACCCAACACUGGACCCCAAUUACUACAUAACGCUGGAACAUAGCCUGGUGGUGAAACAAGCUCGCUUAGCGGACACGGGCAACUAUACCUGCGUGGCCAAGAACAUAGUGGCUCGCCGUCGCAGCUCACCUGCCGCCAUCACUGUCUAUGUGAAUGGAGGCUGGUCGACGUGGACGGACUGGUCAGCCUGCAGCACCAGCUGUGGACGGGGCUGGCAGAAGCGGAGCCGGAGCUGCACCAACCCAGCGCCACUCAACGGGGGGGCCUUCUGUGAGGGCCAGAAUGUGCAGAAAAGUUCCUGCGCCACCCUGUGCCCAGUGCCUGGUGGUUGGUCAGCCUGGAGCUUGUGGUCAGUAUGUGGUGCUGACUGCACACAUUGGCGCAGCCGUGAAUGUUCUGAUCCAGUGCCUCGUAAUGGUGGGGAUGAGUGCCAGGGGCCUGAACUGGAGACCCGCAACUGCACCAGUGAAUUGUGCACGCACGAAACUGGUGGCUCUGAGGAUGUGGCUCUGUAUGUUGGCUUGAUUGCUGUAGCCGUGUGCUUGGUAUUGCUGCUUCUGGUGGUAACCCUUGUCUACUGCCGGAAGAAGGAAGGGCUGGAUUCAGAUGUAGCUGAUUCGUCUAUUCUCACUGCUGGCUUCCAACCAGUUGGCAUCAAGCCCACCAAAGCAGAUAAUUCCCACCUGUUGACCAUCCAGCCUGAUCUGAGCACCACUACUAUGACCUACCAAGGCUCACUGUGUUCACGCCAGGAUGGGCCUGGCAAGUUCCAGAUUGGCAACGGGCACCUGCUUAGCCCCCUGGGCAGUGGACGCCACACUCUUCACCACAGCUCUCCCAGUGCUGAUCCGGUAGACUUUGUCUCUCGAUUCUCGACCCAGAGUUUCUUCCGCUCCUUGCCCAGGGGUGGUGCCAACAUGGCGUAUGGAACAUUCAACUUCUUGGGUGGACGUUUAAUGAUACCCAACACAGGUGUCAGCUUGCUCAUCCCACCCGAUGCCAUCCCACGGGGGAAAAUCUAUGAAAUCUACCUAACGCUGCACAAGCAAGAGGAUGUGAGGCUUCCGCUGGCAGGCUGCCAGACUUUACUGAGCCCCAUUGUUAGUUGUGGCCCUCCGGGGGUGCUGCUCACCAGACCUGUUAUCCUAGCCAUAGAUCACUGUGUGGAGCCAAACCCUGAGACCUGGAACCUGCGCCUCAAGAAGCAGUCCUGUGAGGGCACAUGGGAGGAUGUACUGCAGUUGGGAGACCCAGGAUCUUCUGAACUGUUCCAUUGCCAGUUGGAACCCCAAGCGUGCUAUGUCUUCACGGAGCAAUUGGGCCGCUUUGCGUUGGUGGGAGAAUCACUCAGCAUGGCCGCCUCAAAGCGCCUGAAACUGGUUCUCUUUGCACCCACAACUUGUACUGGGCUGGAAUAUGAUGUCCGUGUAUAUUGCCUCAGUGACACCCGUGAUGCACUUAAGGAAGUGGUACAAAUAGAGAAGCAAAUGGGUGGACAGCUGAUCGGUGCACCCCGAAUCUUGCACUUCAAGGACAGUUAUCACAAUCUGCGUCUCUCCAUCCAUGACGUGCCCAGUUCACUGUGGAAGAGCAAGCUCCUAGUCAGCUACCAGGAAAUUCCCUUCUACCAUCUUUGGAGUGGGCUGCAGCCCUAUCUACACUGUACCUUCACGCUGGAGCGACUCAGCACCAACACAUGCCAAUUGGCAUGCAAAAUUUGGAUCUGGCAGGUGGAGGGUGAUGGGCAAAGCUUCAAUAUUGACUUCAACAUUGCCAAGGAUGCACGGUUUUCGGACUGGCUACCCCCAGACAAUGAGGCUGGCUCUCCUGCCCUGGUGGGCCCCAGUGCCUUCAAGAUUCCUUUUCUUAUCCGCCAGAAAAUCAUAAGUAGUCUGGAUGCCCCAGUGGCUCGUGGGGCUGACUGGAGAGCAUUAGCCCAGAAGCUGCACCUUGACAGCCAUCUCAGCUACUUUGCUUCAAAACCAAGCCCAACAGCCAUGAUCUUGAACUUAUGGGAGGCACGUCACUUCCCCAAUGGAAACCUCAACCAGCUGGCUGCUGCUGUGGCUGAAGUGGGCAAGCAGGACAGCUCCCUUUUCAUGGUUUCAGAAGCUGAGUGCUAAAGCCCUAGGCAGGGACAACACAGGCCUCAGUCUGGAGAUGAUGAGGGGGCACCUCCAUUUCAAGGGUCACAGCAUCUGUACUUGUCCUGCUUUGAAUAUGCCUGUGUGCCCUAUCUGAUCCUUGUGCCAAAUUCAGCCAGAAGGCAAACACACUGGGCUCAGUCUCCAGAAGCCAUGGAAAAGGCUACCAAAUCCCUACUCUGCUGCUACCAAAGCAGUUCUGGAACUGGUUGGGGUAGGUCUGUUUUUCUACCAAGUAGGCUGGCAAGCAAGUCUGAUAUGCUGACAUCUGGCUUGGAUAAUUAUUCUAGAGCUUUCUUCUACUCUAGCAUGGGAAGCAAAAGGAGAGGAAGUGGUUAGCACAGAAGUCAUUGUGAGUGACCAGGAUAAAAGGUAAGCUUUGCUUUGAAGCUGAGUCAUCUGUGUUCGGUCCACUGCAUCCCCUAGGAAGUCCUUUGCCAUAAUAAAGUUUUAAAAAAGAGGGUAGCUCAGGAUAGUUCCAGAGCCAUUUUUGUAAAUGUUUGCUCCAGCCCAGGAGGUAUCUGACACUCAGUCAGAGAGGGCAGCCCAAGAGUUGGUGGCUUGCAGACACCUGGAGACCCAUGGGACAAGGAAGAAACAGAAGGUCAACCAAAGGACGAGGGCCUUGCUCUCCUGGUGACUGUAUCUGUGCCUCCUUAGUCCUUGCCCAGUGUAUAUGCAAGGGAUUUGUGCGUGUGCGUGGAAGUCUGAUCUGUGCAGUGAACGUGUGCUGGACCAGGCAGGUCUAUGCCGUAUUGUGUAAAGAUCGUUUUUUAUUCUGUAUUCAAGUGCAUUCAAGUAUUUACACUUGGCCUUAUGUACAUAUCAGCGUCUCGCACAGGGUUUUGGCGGGCAUGAAUGUAAAUAAAUUAUAUAUAUAUAUAUUGCUACAUGAGGCUUCUUGUAUCUCUCCUCAUACUUCAUCAAUAGAAGCAUGAAUUCUAAAACAGGCAGCCAGAGUUUGUAGCUUGAAGUAUUCAGUUGCUCUCCUGAGCACCUUAAGGAUGUGGAAAUGAUGAGGUUAUGAAAUUACUUUCAUAUUAGCCUCCUCUACCAUAGCUAACUGGAUUAAGCUCUUUGGAAAAAAAUAAUAGCCUGAGAAUCCAAGAGGCAAUGGAGUUUGGUUUAUUUCCCUCCUUGCUUUGAGCGUGAAUCAGAAACGUUAAAACAAAACUGCAAAGAUGGAGUACCACAGCUACCGAAAUCUGGCUUUCUGCAAUUUUGUCACAGCUACCUUAAAGAAGAAUAAAGUCCAUGCUGCAGAUCAAGACCUGCAUCUAGUGAAGAACAAUCCAGUCUCCUGCUUAUU